UUUGACAAGCAGUGCAUCGCCCAAUACUAGUGUUUAUGCUGUGGCGUUGGCGGAUUGCAAAUUCUGAACGCUUUCGUUUUAAAAAGUUAUAAAAAUAGUAGAAAAUAGCUUCAAAUUGUCGCCCGGAAGAGCUAUGAGUUGUGCAGUUCCCGGCUGUGAUGCCUCCGAUCAGGAAUAUCUGGUUGAAUUUCCGAGGAAUCCAAAGCUAGCCGAGCGAUGGAGGAACGCAAUCGAGUACGGGACCGGAAGGCCGGUGCUCGUCGCCCAGGAAGGGCAGAAUCAAUUGCAGCAGCUGUGUCUGUCGCACUUCGCUACGGAUGGCCAUGCCGGAACGAUUGGCUACCGCGAACCGUCGUUGUUCCGCGAUCGGCAAAGCAACAUUGUCGACGUAUCCAGCUGUAGAUUGUGUCUUCGUUUUGAGCUACGGUCCCGGAUGUUCCCCAAGGCCGGCAAGAUGGAACAUGUUUCGCUGAGUAGCACCAUUCGAGCGGUUAUGAAAGUGUCGUUGACGAUGGAUGAUUUCUUGACGGAAAUCUGCGAGCGCUGCUUGGUGAAGGUGGACGUGUUGAAGGCCUGGGCUCGGGAGACCUUACAGCAGGAAAUGGAUUUUAGGGAGUUGAUGAGCUUUGCGCGACAGGAAUGCCAAUCGACGGUUAUGGAAAUGAAGGUGGAGGCUGUACUGAUGGAGACGAAGGAAGAGAUUCCGGAUGAAGAGUUACGGGGGCCUGUAUCGAGAGAAGUUAGCCCUGCUAUUGAUGAUGGAGAAAUGGACAGAGCAACUCCCAAUAUAGAGGCAACGGAUAGGAAAGAAGUUAAAAAGGAAUCGAAGAAUGAUUCCGUUAUAGAAGUUCAAUCGUCUAGUGAAGAAGAUGAUGUACCAUUGGCAAAAUUACGGAAAACAUGUAGGAAGAAAAGGGUUAAGAAACCAUCGAAGACUGACCCAAAAUCUAAGAAAGUUCGUCAAAGAAAGCAAACGUUCCCAAAAGAUACAACUCCUAAAAAACGGGGCCGUAAACCAGGGUCUCCUAAACCACUUAGACAGGAAUAUCUACGAGAUAUCCUUGCGAAAAAGUGCUACAUAUGCAACACAUCGAUGGACGACAUCGACGGAUUGGUGGCUCAUCUCACCGAGAUUCAUGCCGGAAAAGUUGACUAUAAAUGUGACGAUUGUAACAAGACCUUCGGGAAAGUGACAAUAUACAAUCGUCAUCUGAGUUGCCACGACAUAACAGUCCGGCCCAGAAAGUGCGCUUUCUGUUCGCUCUGCUUCAGCGCCAAGGAGAGCUUGAACAUCCACGAGAACAAAGUUCAUGGGGCAAAUCACCCCCUGCCGAAGCGAUACAAACGCAGAACCAAAAUCUAUCAAUGCGAGCAGUGUGGAAAGAUCUUCCUGAACGAUGCCUUGCUAAGGCAACACGAUCUGUACCAACACAAAAAGCUCCCGGCUGCAACUUGUAAGCUUUGUGGUAAGACAUUCGCCACCAAAGCCAAUCUAGAGAAGCACUACAUUGUUCAUUCCAACGAACGGCCCUACAAGUGUGACAAAUGUUCCGCCGCCUACAAAACAUCUACCGCCCUUACAAAGCACUCGCUUCUGCACGAUAAUCUCCUGCCGUACGAGUGUCGCUACUGCGAGGAACGCUUCCUUACCCAAGGCCAAUACGCAAAACACCGUGUAUUGAACCACAACAGCCAAAUGGCGAAGUUUGCCCAACGGGAAGUGAUUUCCCGAUCCCUUCCUUGUGCGCUCUGCUCGGAAGUGUUCACCCGAUCCAGCGAUCUUCAGAAACACAUCAACGACGGCCACACGGAUGUUGCUUAUCCGUAUCUAACAUGCUCGGAAUGUCCAGAGCAGUUCCUGCAAGAGCAACAGCUCAUUACCCAUCGGAAUGUCCACACCGAUCUGUACGUUUGCACCGUGUGCAGCAAACAUCACUCGUCCGCGGCUCAGUUGCGCGAUCACAUGGAGUCGCACAAUCCUUCGCAGCCGUGGCAAUGUAACAUCUGCCUAAAGCGAUUCAGCCUGCAGUCGAACUUUUCGCGCCAUCGGUUGAUUCAUCAGGCCGACAAACGCUUCAAGUGCGAGUUCUGUGGCAAAGGCUUCUCGCAGAAGGGGCAGCUGAUGAACCACAGGCGAACGCACACCGGAGAGCGACCCUUUACGUGUCCGGCGUGUGGCAGAAGCUUCGGCGAUCAACCGACCUACUACAAGCACAGGAAACGCUGCAUGGAGAAGGAUGGACCCGCUGGGGAACUGCCGGACGAAAACGACGCAUGUGAGUAUUGAGCGUAGCUCUUAUUAUGUAUGGCAAAGAAAUAGAUGUAUGGGAAUUUAACUGUA